AUGGCAACAAGCGAAUCACUCUCCAUUACUUCCUCCAGCCCUCUUAGCAGUGUUGACGAGAACAUGGUGGCCGAUUUACCCAUUUCAAAAGAAGCAUCCACAACCAAUGCGACAACGACCAACGAUGCCGAGACUCAACAAGCGCAAAAUGUACCAUCAGCAAACGCUUCUACGUCAACGCCUGUAACUACUACCAGUACAACGACCACGCCAACCCAAAGUGCACCUGCUACAACAACCACGGCAACGAUGGUUACACCUGCAGCUGCUGUUCCUGCCAACAACAAUGUGCCUACUGUUAUUCAGCCGCCACCACCGACAUCCACCACCAGUUUUGAAGAAAUCCAAAAACAAUUGAAAGCAACAUUGGAUCACGUGGAACAAAGGAACAUGGUCAGUGGAUUCCAAACAUUAAGUAAAGCUACAAGUGCUGUAGUCGAUCAUUGUGAGCAAUUGGGCCUUACAUCGGAUGACCAUCCUUACAAUGCAAUCGAUCGUGAGCAGUUUUGGGCAGGCUUGAACAAUUGCUGGUUAUAUGCAUUGGCUCAACGACAAGAACCUAGCAGCGAAGUGGAGCGGAUGACCGAUCAACAUUUGUAUGGAUUACGUGAAAUGGUCGUUGCAUGGGCCGACAAACUCGAACGCUAUGGCUUGGUGGAUUAUGAAAUGGGAUGGUGGGAAGCUGACAUUUUGGCAGCUAUCGAUGCCAUUCUUGCCAUGAACUAUGCAGCAGCCCAAGCAGCAGCCCAAGCUGUCGUGGCUCAAGCAGCUGCAGCUUUGUUUGGUGAGGAUGUCCUCAAACAGCAAUGA